AUGUUGCAACAGUAUGCUCACCAAGGAUCGCAAAACUCUGUAAAUACGGUCGCGACGACGCGCGCGUUGCGCCCACGAGCACGCCCGACAUCAGUGGCAACCGGGUCGCAAAGAGGCGAAACAGAACAUCCUGACCCAGUCGCCGAGACAUCCAAGCCUGCACCUGCCAUCACAAAACCGUCCAAGAAGCGUAAGACGCCAAGCAAGUAUGCGCCUCCAUCUAAGUAUCAACACCUUAGCCCUCUUACCGACAUCCUCGCUCCGGACCUGAUAGCUGUCUUUGUCGGAACGAACCCCGGCAUACGUACUGCAGCUCAAGGCCAUGCAUACGCACAUCCUUCAAAUCAAUUCUGGAAACUUCUUCACUCCAGUGGCUGCACUGAUGAACGGUUGCGUCCGGACCAAGACGUCGAAUUGCCUGCUCGUUAUCUUCUCGGCAACACUAACAUCGUUGAGCGACCUACCAAAGAUGCUGCCGAACUAAGCAAGGCCGAGAUGAGUGAUGGUGCCCCAGUCUUGGAAGAAAAGUGUCGCAGAUGGCGCCCGGAAUGUGUUUGCAUUGUCGGUAAGGGCAUCUGGGAGGCCAUCUUCCGCCAUCGCCAUGGCAGAAAUCCUACUAAAGCUGAAUUCCAUUGGGGCUGGCAGGACGAAAAGGAAAACAUGGGUCGUAUUGCCGAUGUAGGAGAGGAUGGUUACCAAGGCGCAAAGGUCUUUGUCACGACUAGCACGAGUGGUCUUGCCGCCAGCCUCAAACCUGCUGAGAAAGAAGCCAUUUGGAAACCGUUUGGGGAAUGGUGCAAGGAGAGAAGAGUAGCCCGGAACUGGCCACCAUUACAAGGUCAGACAGCGAAUUGA